CAUCUCUUAGUAGAGUCUUGUUGUUUCGCCGCUGCUAGAGGAUUGUUGUAAUUUUUCGAAGCUAGCAUUUAGCGCUAGCUAGCUGUUUGAUUUUCUCCUCAAACCAUUUUGAUCCAGCAGGAUGUUAGUAUGGAGUGUGGCCAAGUUCUGCCAGACAGCCUGGUUUUGGAAAUUUUCCUGCAUCUGCCCUAUGAUGCUGUGCUGAGAGCUGGUCUGACCUGCAGACAGUGGCUGGCUGUUUCCAGAGAUGAGUUCCUGUGGAAGGAGCUGUUCUACAGCUACUAUCGUAUCCCGCGCGCUGUACCCCGGCACCCUGCGGCUGUGUCAUGGUACAGGGAGUUCAAGCGUCUGUUUGACUGUAUCCCCUGUGUGGAGGUUCAGACACUGAGAGAGCACAGUGACCAAGUCCUCCACUUGGCAUUUUCUCACAGGGGUCAUCGGUUCUCCUCCUGCUCCAAAGACUGCACUGUUAAGCUGUGGGACACAGAACGGCCAGAUGGUAAUAUCUCACUGGUGCACAGCACCAGCAUGCGGCAAUACAACUGGGGCUACACCCAGUUCUCCCAGUUCAAUGCUGAAGACAGCCUGCUGCUCGUGUCUGGUGUUUACCUGGGCCCACACCACUCCUCCUCUGGGGAAAUCGCUGUUAUCAGUCUAGAAAAUUACACACUGUUGUCACGUGUGAGGAACAAGCCGUACGAUGUGUUUGGCUGCUGGCUGAAUGAGACCCACCUGAUCUCCGGGAACCUACACUGGAUAGGCAAUAUGACGUCCUGCUCUGUGCUCUGGCUUAAUAAAGCCUUCCAGGAUGUUGAAUCAGAGAACGUCAAUGUGGUCAAGCGCCUUUUCAAGAUCCAGAACAUCAACGCCAGCACUAUCCGCACAGUGAUGGUCGCCCACUGCCGUCGUCAUGACAACCCAGACUUGCUGCUGGACUAUGAAGCCCAGUCUCAGGCUCAAAGGCAGAAAGGGCAGCAGCAGCAGCAGCACCAGCCCCUCCUCUUUGACCUGGGAACUUCCGGCAGUGAGGAAGAAGAGGAGGAGGAAGAGGAGUGUUACAGGGAAGCAAGGUGUCAUGGCUUCUCCACUGCUCGCCUCCACCAGCCCACCAUGUCUGGUCUGGAUCACGUUAUAAAGAGUCGUAAAAAGGCAGGAUCCAGGGAGUUGGAGAUUGAGACUCACGUGGCUGAGAUGAUGGGUAGAGCACAUACGAAAGCACCGGAUGACAGCCUCAUCGAGGCGUCUGAAUGCGGGGAAGGAGAGGAUAAGACUUAUUUACUCUUCACCACUGGCAGCCUUACAUACUCCCCACACCAGAUAGGCAUUAAGCGGAUCAAGCCCGACCAGAUGACAACGUCUGAAGAAGAGCGGAGUUCGGAUGAGUUUUUUGAUUCCCUGGACCAUGUCAUUGAUAUACAUGGACACAUCAUUGGUAUGGGCCUUUCUCCAGACCACAGGUACCUUUAUGUGAAUAGCCGGGCUUGGCCAGCCGGAUGUGUGAUCUCUGAUCCCAUGUCUCCGCCUCCCAUUGCCGAGGAGAUAGACUUGCACGUCAUCGAUCUGAAGAGUUUGAGGGAGGAGCGGAGGAGUCUUCGUGCUCACCGAGCCUUCACACCCAACGACGAGUGCUUCUUUAUCUUCCUCGACGUCAGCAGAGACUUUGUGGCCAGUGGAGCAGAGGACAAGCAUGGCUACAUCUGGGACCGCCACUACAACAUCUGUCUGGCACGUCUGGCACACAAUGACGUGGUGAACUCUGUGGCGUUCAGCCCUGUUGACCAGGAGCUGCUGCUGUCUGCCAGCGAUGACUCUACAAUUAAGGUUUGGCGUUCACCGCGCAUGGUCCGUCUAGCGCAGGCCCCUGCUCGGCCGCUGAGGCCCCGCAACCUCCUGUCCUCCUGGCUGAGCCGCAACAAGAACUCCCCAUCUGCGAGUAGUGUCAGUGGAAAACCAUGAGGCAGGUUGGAAAACACUUAGUAGGAGGGAGCAGGGGGAUGAAAGCUUGCUCUUUUUCCUCUGUGGUGUGAAUACAUAUACACUCCAUGUAUAGGUACAAUGUGGUUACAGUCAGUGGUUUUGCUUGAGCUCAUGGUGUUGUGACCCACAGCGGUGCUCGGUGCGUUCAGCUGACGGGAGAUGCGAGUCAGUUAGACACAAGGGAGUGCUGUUGCACAGGCAGAGGGCAGAAAACAGAUUGUUGUCACCGAUAGUGUAGAGUUGACACCCACAUGCACAAGACACACGUCCAAACCUGUUCCCCAAGAAAUGGUUUUUAUCUGUUUUUAUCUGUAAUGUCUGAGCAGGUCAGACAUGGGCUCCUGGACCUGAGGUGGGGAAUGUACUGCAGAGGUGGUACCUUGUGAUCAUGGUUGUCAUGUCCUGCUCAUCAGUGGCAAAGUGCUUUACCUGAAAAUGAUUUCAGAUUUUUUUUUCUUAUUAAUGGCUAUAGCCAGCUGACAUAGAUUAUUAUUAUGAACAAUUUUCAGAGAUUUAUGAAACCAGAAGGGAAAAAGACAUUUAACUGCAUGUGCUGCAGUCUGCUUUGGCUUGUAUUGACACCCCAUCCAAUUGUUUUUGUGCCCCAGAAACCACUGAGCACUAGUUAUUUAAUGUAGAUGAUUUGUGGAGGAACAGUUAGCUUGAAGCUUGACUGAACAAAAUUGUUUUGUGUUGCUAAUUGUUCUUGGGCCUAAAUUAUGUAGAAAUGUAUUUAAAGAGCUUAAUUGUUUAGUUGCACAGACCCGCACCUUUUAAUCUUGUCGAAAGGCUUCCUGACCAAUCAGGAUUUUUCACUAAACAAAAAAAGUAGAGUAUGGGGGAACAACAAAGAGCAAACAGCCUUUCUGAUUAUAUUCUUUUGCCCUGUUAACCAACUACUCCUGUGUGAGGUCACCAAUUCAAAACAAAAUUUCAAUGUAACAUCACCACCCAACCGUCUUCCAAAAAAAGUAUAUUAUUGUCUUAAACAACAUUUGACAUGAGCAGCAACAAAGAAAAACAUAAUUAGAAUUUGAGCUCAGACAUUUCAAGUCAUGUAAAUGUCACCAAAUAUUUACUUAGACAUGUCUGUAGUCCACUACCAUCUGAAAAUCUAAUGUUUUAUCAAUUUAAAAGACAGCCAACAGUGCACAAUAAAUCGACUGUGAUAUACAUGGAAAACGUUGAAUAAAGAUGUUCAACCCAAACGUUUCGGAGUGUUUGUGCAUACAUGGGGGAACCCUGGACGUUCCAUCUUACUUGUAGUCCUCUGUAAGAUCCUUUACUUUCCGGUGACUGAUUUAUAAAGACAAAACAAAAAGCAACACAUAACAAGUAAACCCGGUGACUUUGUUUUUCAGUUGUUGUUUAACUAGCGAGACUAGAUUCAGGUACUUUACCUGCUGCCGUGGAGAUUCCCUGCUGUAGGAGGUGAUCUGUAACUAAUCAAAAAUGCUGUAACUAUGGUUGUGAUAACUCCACCAGCCUGAACUGGUUUUAUUUGCAUGUCAGGUAUUCAAAAACAUUUCCACGAAUUUAUCUGUUCAUCAGCUGACUCUUAGCCACUAUAUGAACAGUAUUUUCCUUGUUUUGAAAUGUGUACAAGUCAAACUUUCUGCUCUACUUCUGACAACUGUAUUUUUACUGUAGCACCACCCAUUCGAUCCUGUUAUACUCCCCUUGAAUAAAAAGCAUGCCCUGAAAGGUCAGAAGUCUGAAUAAGUGUCAGAUUAUUAUUUUCUCCUAGAAAACAUUAGCUCUUGUGCAGCUUUUCAUUAAACAGCCUGAUAAGUGCAUAGAUUUACCUACAAAAAGAUUUCUAAAGGAACUUUUUACUUUAAUUUUUUGAUCGUGUUGACCCUUAAAUUGAAAAGUAACUUCUGAGCCUAUGCAUGCACCUAAUAAACAUAUAACACUGAAACAAUGA